CGCGACCCCUGGGUGAAAGCCAGGCAGUACCAAAACUAAAGUUUACGGAAACCAGGCUGAAUUAUUCGCUUACAUUUGCAUUCGCCACAUUAGAAUGACACUGACACUGUAGUUUACCAACCACGACAAGUACUUAGGAGCGGGAACGCAGGACGAGUUUCCCGGUGAAAAUAAUAAUAAUAGCUCUCCAUACCAGAACCGGAAAAGGCACGGCGGUGGUGGGGUCACUCUCCGGAAACAGUCACUUCCAUACAGUAUACCUGUCCGUCCACCAGCUGACCAGACGUCGUUCCAACAGUCUUUCUCUUCUUGCAUGAGAAUCGUCUACCACUAUUGCGGGAGCGAUCAGACUCUUGAGGACGCAUUCACUUCAGAUGGCAUAGACUUCACUCCUUGCUUUAGAGAAACCGUUUUCGAUGUACUACUUCCGUUUUUUUUUGUUCUGACAUCCCUCGCCGUCUAUAUCCACCGACGAUACACUUCAUACUACGAAAGACCUCGCAUUGAUAUAUCCGAUGCCGACUUUCUGCGCUUGCCAACACAAAAAGUUCAUACUCUCCGAAGCCUAGCCCAUUUGGCUGGGGUCUUGACACAGAUCGGCACUUGGGGAUUUAUUUUCGCCUGGCGAUUAGAAAGUUCGAUAUUAGACCACCAUCGACAAAAUCCUUGGCAAGAUGGACCAACGCCCUUGUAUCAAAUCAUAUGCCCAGCAUUGUCAAUGCUGUCUUGGAUCUACGCGCUCGUGAUGGUCACUAAACUGUUCAUCAUAUCCUCCAAUCCUGUGGCGCCAUCCAAACUCUCGCUCUACAAUCCUCACCUGUUAUCAUUUUAUACCAUCACAUCCUUGGCCUCUGUCAUUCGAAUUCGUUCUUUAACGCUAGGUUCCACGCCGGUGCCUGGAACGGCUCUCGAGACUUUGUUGGCCGCCUUGUCAACAUGCAUCUGCUUUGCCUUGUUUUUUGUGAGCGUAACAACCCCGCGAGAGAUUGAACGCGAGGAGCUUUUGGAUCUUGACGAUAGUGAUGGGAGUGUCAUGAUCUUGAAAGAUGGUCGAGUCCUGCGUAAUGUAAGUCUCACUUUAAUAUAAACUUGGUUCUAGUACCUGAAACAUAUGAUUUAAUCCAAAUUUCUCAGGGUCGACUAUUGACACCAGAAGCAUCUGCUUCACCAUUAUCCAGCAUCAUGUUCAACUGGAUGAAUCCUUUUCUCACGCAACUACGACAAGCACCUACUGUUUAUGCUGAGGAUCUAUGGGCGUUGACCAGACAGCAUCGCGCCAAAGAGUGCCACAGAGAUUUCGAAUGCGUGGAACGAGGUGAAGGUCCUUUCAGCCUUCUUUAUCAAAUCUACCAAAGCAAUCGUCAUGCUAUUUGGUUCCAAUGCAUCACUUCAUUAGGCGCAGUUUUAUCCCAUUAUUCGAACCCAUAUUUCCUCGACAAAUUUCUUCAGUAUAUUG